GGUGCGAGGAGCAGUUUACCGGAUAGACGCCGGAGGAGCUCCGCGGGUCGCAUACGGUUUGACCCAUGUGAUCAUACUGCUCAGCCCUAAUUUGCCCGUUUGCCACUCAGAUGGUGAUGUCAUCAUGAUGCUGCCAGUCACCCGGUUUAAAGGUCAGCCAGCUGGCAUGGUAACCACCACCACACCCUGGCUGUCUGUAAGCACUGACCCCUCCCCCCAGUGGCUGUGGUUGGCCAGCUGGUCAGCUGCAACAUACCAGGCCAUGCCUCCUUUGGUGUUCUACCCCCCAGCUGUGUGGAUACCUGAGCACGCACAACUGAUGCAGUGGGAACGUCCAGCAGUUGAAGUCGUUCCUCUCGUCCAGCCGUUUUAUCAGUCUUCACCUCUUCACCAUCAUUGUCAUCAUCGUUUCCCAAAGUUGCAGAUCACUGAUACCUGGUUCUCACCAGAGGAAGUGGGGGUGUUUCCAAGGAGACAGAAGCGCCUCCUAUUAACCAAUCGGAUAAUCCCGAGAUCACGUAGACAAACCUCUGCGGCCAACCUGCUGUUGUUCCCUCCUCAGCUCUCAGAUCACAUCAGGAGAGACAACACAAAGACAAGAGAUGUCGAACCUGAAGACUCUUCUUCUUCCUCGCUCCCACUACACCUGCUGUCUUUGUCUCCUCUCCCUCUCCCCACAGCUCUUCCUCCAUCAGAUGUAAUGUACUGUGAAUGGACCGGCCUUCACAAGCAGAGACGCAAGGAGGCGUGGCAUCUCAUUCUACCCAAUCAGCAUCGAAGAGUGACAUGGCUCCGGCCAAUGAUAAGCUGUGAAAGUAGACCAACACCACCCAUUCAGCAGUGUGUUUCUGGACCUGUUCGUCCCUUUCAGCUCUGCACUGAAAAGUGUCCUGUGUUACCUCUCCAGGUGAUCAAAGAAGUUCAGCCUUUUUUUUCUUCACAAUUUUCUUCCAGAUUCACUUUGCUGACAAACUACAGACACAGGAAACGAGGAACGGGUGGAGGAAAGCUUUCCUAUCAAGGAGCAUUACUGCUGAGGACAAAGAAACCAGAAGACAGACAGUGUGUCAGUGUGUCUGUACACAAAGAAGAGGAUGAUGAUGAAGAGGAGGAGGACAUAAGAGAAGGAAGAAGGAAAGACAAGCGCCCUGUCGCCUCAACUCCUGUGCCUGGGUCCCCAUGGUGUGUGGUCUGGACUGGAGAUGACAGAGUGUUCUUCUUCAAUCCCACAAUCCAUCUCUCUGUGUGGGAGAGACCAGGAGAGCUGAUUGAUCGAGACAUCAGCCGCAUCAUCGAGGACCCGCCCCAUAAGAGAAAGAAGACCUCACCUUCAGAAAUCAGCUCUAGCUGUCAAUCAACUGGUCUCCAUAGGAAUGAUGAAGAUGAAGAUAAUGACCUUAAACACAGCACCAAGAGGAACAGAACAGAGGAGUCGAUGUCUCUCGUUCCCCAUCCAGGAGGGGUUCAGCUCCUCCCACUGGAACUCCGGAUCGCUCACUUCAAGGAAAUGAUGCUGGAGAGAGGGGUGUCUGCAUUCUCCACCUGGGAGAAGGAGCUUCAUAAGAUGGUAUUUGACCCUCGAUACCUGCUGCUGAAUUCAGAUCAGAGGAAACAGGUGUUUGAUCAGUUUGUGAAGAGCAGGAUGAAGGAUGAGUACAAAGAGAAGAAGAGUAAAUUGCAGAAAGCCAGAGAAGAGUUCAAACAGCUGCUGGAGGAAGCAAAGAUCACCAGCAGAACAACUUUUAAGGAAUUUUGUGUUCGUUAUCGGGAUGACCAGCGAUUCAGCACUCUCACCAGGAAGAAGGAACAGGAAGUACUCUUUAGCCAUUACAUCACAGCCUUAAAGAAACGAGAGAAAGAGAACAGAACCAGACUGAGGAAGAUGAGAUGAGAACAUGUCUGAGAAAGAACCUUACAGAACCAUCUACAACAUUUAUAGAACCCUUUUAGGUCCUUCCAAAUCUUCAGAAAACCUCCCGGGAACUCCUGUCUCACUGCACUCAUGCCUCCCGAUUCCUGGAUUUAGACUCAUGUUUUGAACUGGGACUAUCAAACUGUCUGUGGUUUUGUUGGACAAACCUGAAUGGGACCAGAACCAUCAUUCUCAGUAGAUUCUCAUGGUUCUAGACUUUGUAAAUUGUCAGGUGAGUAUGAACCUGAACCAACAUUAGACCAUUUUCUAGGGUGAACUGCACUUCGUCAUCUGGAUCUGCUGGACUGGAUCUAAUUCAUAGUCUCAUUCAUAACUGACAGAAACGAAAACCAGAGCACAAAAACAAAUGUUCAUGUGUCUGACUGUUUCUUUGUCCUGUAAAGACUAUUCAUUCAAACUUUAUCAACACCUCAGCUUCCUAGACUUAAAAAUGGACCAUAAUAACAGAUUAAAAACAAUAACAAGUAGAAAAAAGACCAUAAACAAAGAGAUUAGUGAGUAAACACAUUUUAAACCAGAAGGGCACUCUGAGGGCAGAUAACUGUGUAAAGACAAAUACUGAACUAAUCUACAGACGAACUCAGAAAAGCCAAACUUCAUUUGUGUAAUCUGAGAAACAAACAAAAAACCCCAAAAAGGAAUGAAUACACGAGCUCUUUAGAGGCUCUCCCUCCUCUGUAAAGGUAAGCAUGAAUGCAAAAACAAAGAGAAUAGAGAGCCACAAUCCUCUGACCUUUCAUAUGCAAAGGGAAAAAGGUGGGAAAGAUAUGAUAACAUCAAGCUUGCAAAUAUCAGCGAGUUUAGUCAGGUGCUGAUAAUGCUGGGCAUACACUGUGCGAUUUUUUUUGGCUCGUUUUGGUCAUCAGCCCGAGUUUCGCCUUCAUCGUGUGGCGUGCAUCGUGUAGUAUACGUGGGGUAACGAGAAGCGAUUAACACCUCACGACCAGCUCCCGAUCAUCAAUCGCUCGGUCGUAAGAAAAUCAAACCUGUUUGAAAUCCCGUCGGCCGUCGAGAGGGCGUCACCGCAGCCUCUCACGCCGUCGGCCGUCGAGAGGGCGUCACCGCAGCCUCUCACGCCGUCGGCCGUCGAGAGGGCGUCACCGCAGCCUCUCACGCUGCGCACGCGCAAACACAGAAAUGAAAGUGAAAAGAAGCAGCACGGCAGUGCAGCGUGUGAU